AUGACCAUGGAAGUUUAUCCUAAUAAGGUGGAACGCCUUGCUUUGCUCCUAUUUGAUGCACACUUGGAGACGCACGGUGAGAUCCGGCUUACUGGAGUCGCUUCCGCACAGCUGGCCACGGGGCUCGACCAUAAUGUAGGGGGAGUGUGUGUCAUCACGAUCAACGUCGGGGAUGACAUCUUACCCGUUGGCCUCCAACUUGCGGCCACCCGGUUCUUCCAGGAUCAUGUCUUCGCGGUGAUGAAGGACAACAUGAGCUUCCAGAACGACGGGGCGGAGGUUCUGUCCGUCUCGGCGCAACCUGCGAACAAUCCUGCGACCAAUCUUCCAACUGGUGCGGUGUUAUCUGCAAGAAACAUCACACUACUCGCAUCUGCUGCGGUGGUUCCGGCCGACGGUGUUUCCGCAGAUCUUGGGGUCGUUCGCGCGGGUAUUCGAGCUGGGUCUGGACGAGAUGCUCCGUCGAUUCCAGACGCAGAGGUCCUAGGGGCUAGGCGUGGCACUGUUAGAGGGCGUUGCGGCUCUCGAUCGGUUAGGUCACUAUUGUUUCACGGGAUCGUCGAAGGCGCUCGCGAGCUCGGUGCUGGGGCCUCUGAAGACGAUGGAGAGCCUGAUGAAGGGAGGGGCGAGGGUCGUUUCGACAGCAUACGAUGGCCUCGGACGAAAAAAGGGCGACCUAUCUUCCUGCGCGUGGCAUCUCUCAGCUUCCACUACAGACCGGAGGUGGGGGCGAGCCGGCACAGCCUUAUCUGGUUCCGAGACCUAGGGGCCAAAUCAAUCGGCGGCCCGGAUGGGGCGGGAAAAUUCCUGGAGGAGGUGUUCUGCGACCUGUGGCAGGCAGAGAUGGUAGCGUUUGUCAGUCAUCAGGUUCGACGGCAGUGGUCUGGAGCGACGGCAACGACAACAGACUCUGGUGGAGACGUGGAAGGAGUCGGAGCAUCCGUUCUCGUGGAGCACCUUCGAGCUAUCUGGCGACUGACGGCCCGUGACGCUAUGACAACAGGGGCGUCGACGGUUAUCCCUAAGUCGCGGCAAGACUUUGCGCGGGAGAUGUACCAGGGGUGCGUGGGCAAGCACGGGCCGACUCGACAGGGGCUCUCAUCGCUGCACUCGACGUGGUUCGCGGUUCUUCAAGCGGCGCUCACGUUCACACCAGUGGACAGGGUGUCUGAGGAGCAGUGGCGCAGCGAGAUCGGGGCGGCGAUGCUGUCGCAGCAGGUCGAAUGCAUGCCUGGGUCACAUCGUGCGCGGAUCACGCAACGCCCUGCCUGAUAAUUGACACUAUGCGGAGCCAGAUUUGGAGUCUCGAGCAUUUUCACGUGAUCCGGUCUCGUCUGAGACCUCCCUCUUAGUGAUGUACACGACUGCGGCUCCAUCUACUAUCUGCAGAGCAGCAGCAAAUAUGUCCUUUGCCUUCGCCAUCUUGUCGUCUCCAGUCCUGGGGGUAGAGAGUUACUGCACUGUUCUGCAAUUUUAGAAGGGA